AUGACCAUCCUCGCAUCUCUUCCACCCUAUCCCUCAACACAAUCCAGGAAAUCGCUUUCUCCUUCUCAGCUGGCAACCUUCAACCAGAUUGUGUCGAAUUCCUUGUCAGAGACUAUUGCACUACCACCAGAGAAGCGAGACACCCCCGCAAGUCGGUCUUUUAUCUCAUCCUAUGCAAGAGAUGCAGCCCAGCAAUACCUAGAAUCGUUGAUUUGGGGGAAACGGAGUUCUAAUGCUGAUAUUAUCAUUAGACAACGCGUAUUUGUGCUGGCAGAAAAGCUGGUAUUGACACCACCGAGUCUCGAUAUCCAAACACUCAUAGAUCUUGCUAUUGUUUACGCACCAGCACAUCAUUCUCGGGUCCGUGCUCUGUUUACUACCGCUCUUGCAACAUCCACGCUUCUGCCUUCAGCCUUUCAGUCAGACGUAGUUCCCGCUUUUACGUCAUUUCUUGGCCCAUCCCAUUCAUCAGGGCUUUAUGGUCUUCGUAAAACUGCUCGUUGCUUGUCGUCCCUCCUUCACACCUGUCCACCACAGCUUCUAAGCUCAUUUGUGCAUAACAAGCCCUUCUUUCUUGCCUUGGCUCGUUCCUAUGACGAAGGACUUACUGCGCUCGCCAAUUCCUAUGGAGGUACUCGAUUUGCGAGUGAAGAUCGAGAGUUAGACGACUGGGAGCGUAUCUGGCUAGAAACAAAAGUUGAUCUGAUGGACUGCUUUCAUAUGCUCAUCACUUCCAUGCUAAAGAGCUUGUCCAAUGCUUCCGGCGUUGUGCUUGCCGCAGAGUCGGAGAGUAUAUUUGGCAUCCUCUUUUCGCUGCUGGAUACUCCCUCCCCGUCUCCUGUGUCGUCCUUCGAUGGGAGUAAUGCCACCGUUACCCCGUUUGUCAAUCGCUCAAUCGUGGCAGAUUAUCAGCACUCCUAUGAUCUAGCUCGGACCCUUUCGUCUGCCUUACAGGCAGCUACACACGAUGAUGCCCGUGUUGAUCUAUUAGAAUCAACUCUCCGUUCCUUUGAUAUCGGGUCAUCAGGAUCGGAAAGGGCCAAGGAUCCCGGUGCUUUGAAACUACUCAUUAGAUCGUCCGGGAUUGCUACGGGUGUUGAUAACCUGGGGAAUAGGAACGGACGCGUGCGCCAAGGAGGUAGCAAAGGCAAGGCUAGAGAGAUUCCUCCUGUAGAUGUUUCUCCUCAGGAUCCCAGUCUUGAUCUCAAAAUCACGCAAGUGCUUGAUAUCUUCCCCGACCACUCUCCGGAAUACAUAAGGGCACUCCUUACUCAUACGGAUUUUUCCUUUCAUGCAAGCGCAGAAAAGGUUAUAGAGGCAUUACUGGAGGGUACUGCGCCUCAUGAAGAUGAUCUACAGCAGAUACAAGCAGACCAGACAAACAUAAUCAACGACGGAAGACCUAUGGAGGAAUGGGUUUUCACGAAGGAUAGAAAAAAUAUUUUCGACGACCAGGAAAUGGAUCUUACCCAAGUGCAUAAAGGGAAGAAAAGUUUGGGCGAAAGCACCAUUGGGCAGGACAAAGCAUUUAUGGAGAAAAUGAAAGCAGAUAUUCUGAGGUUUUCUGAAAUGCUGUCUGACGAUGAUGAGGAUGUAGAAGAUCAGUAUGGCGAGAAAAAACGUGCUGCAGAUGAUGACCUUGACGAUGAUUUCACUGAAAAGGUAAAAAUUGCCGGUGAUGGGGAGGAUAGCGGAGAUGAUAUAGAAGGGAGUGAUAGCUCGGCUACUCCGGCUCAUCCUGGACCUGAAAUAAUCCUGGAGCUGGCUUAUAUUCGUAACCAGAAGCUCUUUGAAAGAGAUGGGGUCACUCGAAGGAGCCAAGCCCGCGCGGAACUCAAAAGUCAAACAGGUUGGACAGAUGAACAAAUCGAGGGAUGGAGAAUCAUGCUCGAAAGAAAUCCCAAAAAAGAUGCGAUCCUGCAGAAGCAUGAGUUUGCUGGUAACAGGGCAAUGCCAAUUGCAGAUUAUAGUAGAGGUGGUAAUGUUGCUUCAGCGGCGCGAGGUGGUAGACCAGGAAGGGGAGGUAGCCGCGGGCGUGGAAGAGGAACGGGUGGAAGCAGUGGCGGAGGGGCUGACAUAAACACCAGGGAUCGUGCAUGGAAGGACAAGAAUAAAGCUAGCAGGGGAAAUCAUAACCGAAAGAGGAACCACGACAAGAAAAUGGUAAGGGCUGGAGCGGGUCCUUCGGUAUAACUUUAGAGAAAUAUCAACAACUUCAUGAUUGAAGGGUCUCAAACUACAUGAUUAAAGUACAACUAAUAUAUUAGCGAGUGAAAGAGAACUUUGGUGACUCGCAGAUAUGUGCAUGGCUUUAGGUGCACGUAUUUAUUGGGGGAAUAGUUUUUUGAACCUAGGAUCAAAUGUUAGCUCGACGACAUCAUUGACUAGUUUCAUAUCUAGUUCUAGUUGUGAGUCCCGGAUAUGAAAGGAUUCCCUAAGAGGGUGCAUACCAAGGU